GCCUACAGACCAGAUCCUAGCAGACAGGACUGACUUCCUCCCCACGCGGCGCUGGGCGGGGCCUCCCGGAAGGGGCCUGCUGGUAGCCGAGGUGACACAUCUCUGCCCGGCCAGCUCCAACGGCAGCUGGGUCAGCAGGCAUCGGCAGCACGGGCCACCCCUCCCCAGGGCCUCAGAAUGGACCUGUGCCAUCCAGACCCAGCAGAGCUGAGCAGCGGGGAGACCCAGGAGCUGCAGCAGAUCAAGUGGCACCGAAAGCAGCUUCUGGAAGACAUCCAGAAGCUGAAAGAUGAGAUCGCAGAUGUGUUUGCCCAGAUUGACUGCUUCGAGACCGCGGAGGAGAGCCGGUUGGCCCAGAAAGAGAAGGAGCUAUGCAUCGGGCGUAAGAAGUUCAACAUGGAUCCGGUGAAGGGCAUCCAGUAUCUCACUGAGCACAAAUUGCUGACCCCCAACGUCCAGGACAUCGCCCAGUUCCUAUACAAAGGCGAGGGCCUCAACAAGACGGCCAUUGGCACCUACCUGGGGGAGAGGGAUCCCUUCAACCUGCAGGUCCUCCAGGCCUUUGUGGACUGCCACGAGUUUGCCAACCUCAACCUCGUGCAGGCCCUCAGACAGUUCCUAUGGAGCUUCCGGCUGCCAGGCGAGGCCCAGAAGAUCGACAGGAUGAUGGAGACGUUUGCCACCCGAUACUGUCUCUGCAACCCAGGCGUCUUCCAGUCCACAGAUACCUGCUACGUCCUGUCCUUCUCCAUCAUCAUGCUCAACACCAGCCUCCACAACCCCAACGUCCGGGACAGGCCACCCUUCGAGCGCUUUGUGUCCAUGAACCGCGGCAUCAAUGACGGCGGUGACUUGCCUGAGGAGCAGCUGCGGAACCUCUUCGACAGCAUCAAGAGCGAACCCUUCUCCAUCCCUGAGGACGACGGCAAUGACCUCACUCAUACCUUCUUCAACCCCGACCGCGAGGGCUGGCUGCUCAAACUGGGAGGCCGCGUGAAGACGUGGAAACGGCGCUGGUUCAUCCUCACAGACAACUGUCUCUACUACUUUGAGUUCACCACGGACAAGGAGCCCCGGGGAAUCAUACCUCUUGAGAACCUCUCCGUGCAGAAGGUGGACGACCCCAAGAAGCCAUUCUGCCUGGAGCUCUACAACCCCAGCUGCCGGGGCCAGAAGAUCAAGGCGUGUAAGACGGACGGCGAGGGCAAGGUGGUAGAGGGCAAGCACGAGUCGUAUCGAAUCUCGGCCUCCAGCGCAGAGGAGCGUGACCAGUGGAUCAAGGCCAUCCGAGCCAGCAUCACCCGAGUGCCCUUCUAUGACCUGGUCUCUGCUCGGAAGAAGAAGAUUGCCAGCAAGCACUGAGCGACCUAGGAGGUGGUGCAGGGGAGCAGGCGUCACGGGAACCCCGUGACCUGUGGUUCCUGGAGACAUACGUCCCUCCACAGGGCACCCUUUCCUGGCCCACAGACUUCACCCCCGCCCCCAUGACUUCGAGCUACCAGGAACAGGGUAGGGGGCAAGGCUCAGGAGGAUGGGUGGAAAGCCCCGGAAGGCCCCCACCCCCUGCCCCACGUCACUGCAACAAGGAGCAAGGACAGUAGCUAACGAGGCACCUGCCCAGAACCCAGCACCCUGUCUUCCCUUUGGGCCUCAAUUUCCUCUUCUGUGAAACAUCUCCUGUACUCUGAAAUGCUGUCGGCCCUCAAGGGAGGAGGAGCCGUGGGGAUCCUGAGGGCUUCCUGCCCUUGGCCAUGGCAAUGCCUUCUUCUGCUCAAGGGGGUUCUCAACCAGCCCCUCCCCUGUCUUCAGCUGGGGCUUGGCCAUCCCUGCCUGAGGGACACACACAGAGCUCAGACCCAUAGACCAACAGGACCGCCGGGAGUUGCCAGGAGCACUGGACCAGGAACAUUGGACCCAGCACCCGCAGUCUCUGUCCCAGCAACAUCUCCGGCUUGCCGUGUGUCCUCUGCCAAGUCACAGUCCUCUGGUUCUCAAGACACUGGGGGUUUGGAUAGAAACUUCUCAGCCCCUUCUGUGUCUGUACCCCACCCCCACCCCAGUGAUGGUAACAGCCGUGGGGCAGGUCCCGGCAGUGCCCCAGCUGCCACGUUCCUCCUCAGGGACCACUUCCUUCAGGUAGAAGGACAAGAUUAUAGUGGAUCCUCCCAACGAUCUGGCUGGAGAUGGCUGUUCUUGUCGCCUGAGCUGGAGAGACUCUGACCGAAGGCUGCUGGCAAGCCAAGAGCAGAGGGGGCUCCAAUCACAAAGAUGUCCAUUUUGGAGGAGGGACAAGUGGGACUCCUCAAGAAAAUGGCAGAGAGCAUCCCAGACAGAUGUCUUCAAACAGGGCUGAUGGUACAGCCAAGAAGCUAAGAAGAGAGAGCCUUGUGAACUGUGGUUACCAGGAGGGCUGCCUGAAGGCAGCGCCCACGCCGCUGAGGGACAUAGAAGCUUGGGGCAGAGUCCCAGCCCUGAGCAGGGAUCCUGUGAGGGGCUGCCCCAGCGGGGUCCUGGCAUCUGAGACCCACGGUAGCGCCGCCAAGAGUGGAGCUGACUUCCCUGCACAUAGGCAGGCAGCUCCGCCUCCAGGGAGGCCCAGUCUGGAGGAGGAUUCCGUGAACAGGCUCCUUCUCAGAAGCUCUUUUCACCCCCUUGUACGGGUCCCAGGGGAGUCUCUGGAGGGAAGUUCCCUGGCGGGAAAGCAGGAGAUGCCAUCGCCUCUGCCCCACCGCCAGCCUGAGCAAGGCGCAUUCCCCAGGGGAGGGAAGACAGUCUCUCUUCCCCUCCGCCCCCACUGACACGCGCACACCUUUCGUGGAGUCAGGAGGAGCUGUCUUUUGAGUAGUGAGAUCCCCAUCUCUGGAGGUGUGCGAGUGCCUGGUAAUGAUAUGGUGCUGAAGAGGGUCUGAGUUGGGCAUCUGCAGGGGGCCUUGGCAGACAUCUGAGGACUUCCAUAGACCCCAUGGCAGCCUGGGAACUGGAUGGCAAAGCUGCCACCUCCUUUGACCCCUGAAAGGGCAGUGAGAGGUCAGGGAAGGAGGACCGGGCUGUGAGGAGCACGGGCUCCGAGGUCCUCACCCGCCACUGGCACACGCUGGCUGUGUGGCCUCUGCCACAACCCCCUUCCCUCUCUGGUCUUCACCUGCCUCUGUCAUCAUUGAGAGGGCUGAAGCCGUGAUUUCCCAGGCAUGAGUGGCUGUCCUGGGACUCAUUCCGAAGACAGAAUAAAGCUCAUGAUCCGUC